AUGAGGCUCGCUACGACAGCUACUCUGGUUCAAUUUGUUGCGUUGGCGUUUCACAGCGGCCUUGCGCAUCCCUUGCCCAUCGAUCAAUCUGCUGGUAGCUCUGCAGCGGGCACCCUGCAUCGACGCUCACCUCUGGGAGGUGUCGCCACUGGUCUGCUCGAGGCGGAGAAUGCUGUCAAAGGCGCUGCCACGCUUGGCAAGUCAGCCUCGACGAUUGGGAAGGAAGCGACUCAACUCGAGAGGGCCGGCUCCACUGUUGGCAAGGGCGGCGGAGAGAUCGGUUCAGCGGGCAAGGUUGGCGACGAUUUGGUGGGCGACGCUGGUAAGCUCGGCAAGAAGAAGACGAGCUUCGGCAAGAAGUGAGUAGACGGCGACCCGUUGUGUGCUCUGAAAGAUCAUGCGCUCACGCACUCGAUGGGGACUCGCUUGCUUCUGCCAAACCCCUCCCAGACUCGUUUACGCGGGUGUCGGUGCCGGUCUUCUUGCUGGCGGCACCACCUACAUGUUGAAGUCGCAAGCCGCCGAACAGAAAGCUCUCGCUACGCAAAACGCCGCAUUGGCCCACCAAAACGAUGAGUACAACAAGAUGAUGAAGCAAGCAGGUCUGAUAAAGAAGGACAUGAACAAGUCCGUCGACGAGCUCUAUGCGCGUGAGGAAUCAGAAGAAGUUGCUGAGCCCAACGACCAGCACAUCGAGACGCUCGAACGUCGUGAACCGAUGCUUGGGAGCGCCGCUCGAGGCUUCGGCUCGCUCUUAAAAUUGGGCAAAUCAGGCAAGACUAUUGCGACUGACGUCAAGGGUGUAGAAGGCCUGGCCAGCACUGCUGGCAAGGUCGGAAAGGCUGGCAAGUGUGAGUUUGCGGAUAAGGAUCGAUCAUGCCAAAGAUUAGAAUGAUAGUUGACGGGCUAGACUAUCGCGGCGCCGCGCAUGUCCCCACACCUUUCAGGGGCCAAGGCAGCAAAGUGAGUUAAUAGUGCCUUUCCAAACGAGCCUAAGCGGUACGUUGAGGGCACUUUGGUGAAAUGUUCGAUCUACUCCGUCCAAGUCAUGUGCCAGACUGACGUGACACCUCGCUUUACAUGAUCAAAGGAUCGCCGGCACCGUUGGAGUAGUGGGCGGCGGUAGUGUCCUAUUGGCAAACGAACUCGUCAAGCAGAAAUCGCAGACUGCGGCCCUAGCAAAUCAGAACACCUCCCUUCAAAAUGAAGCCCUAGAGUACAAGGAGUACAUGGCAGAGCUACAAGACGCAGCAGCAGCGGCGACGCCUGCAGUGCCGGCACCAGAGCCAACAACGCCAACAACGCCAGCAAAGCCAGCAAAGCAGUAG